GUACAAUUUUGUCUCAUUUCAAUUCAACUUAAUACUUGUUCAAUUUCGAGCUGCAUUAUUAAAUUAAAAUAAAAUUUAUUAUUAGUACUAUACAAUUAAAUAAAUUGCAACUGUGAUCAAUCAAUAAGAAGAUUGUGAGAAAGUAUAUUGGGAAGCGAUUUUGCCAAAUAAUUAAAAUAUAUUCUCGCAAGGGAAAGGCAUAGAAUUUGGAAGCCGAAACGACUGCAUUGUAUCCAAAAGACGACGACGACAGUGAAGAAGAAGAAGACGUUGAAGAAGAAACGAGGGAACCGGAGAAACACCAAGAAAACGUUGAUUGUAAUAAUUUGGACAACAAAAGAUUUUGCAGAUUUUCAAUCCAUUUCUGUUGAUAUAACAGGAAGAGUACUUUAGUUUCAAUGAAAAUCGCGUAGAUACCAACUCUAAAAUAGAAGAAACACAUGCUGUAUAAUUAAACACCAUUAAGCUAAAGCAAUACUCCGUGCAUUACAAAACCUAUUCAUAAACCACACGCUUCCCCCAUCAAAAAAGAGCUAUAAAUUGCUCGAAUAUAUUAUCGCACUCGGUUAUUUCAACAAACUGGCGAUACAACCGAAGGACAUUUACCGUUAUUAAAGAUUCUAAAAAUUAUCCACCAAAAACGAAGCUUAAAAUUUUUGGUUCUAUCCCUUAUAUUGCCUAUUGAACGGCUCGCCAUCCGCAUAUUGCUGGACUUUACCUUGUGAAUCAAUUAAAGUAAAACCAAAAAUCCGCAAGAGAGCGAAAGUUUAAGAGAAAAACGCAAUGGUAAUGGAUGCAACUCAAUCACAACAGCCAUCUCCGCAAUCUGUUGGCCGCGAAUUUGUGCGCCAAUACUAUACCUUGCUUAAUCGUGCACCAAGUCAUUUGCAUCGUUUUUAUAAUAACAACUCAUCCUUUAUACACGGCGAAUCAACUUUGGUGGUGGGUCAGCGAAACAUCUACAACCGCAUUCAGCAGCUAAAUUUUAAUGACUGCCAUGCCAAGAUAAGUCAAGUGGAUGCUCAGGCCACACUAGGUAAUGGCGUUGUCGUACAGGUUACCGGCGAAUUGUCCAAUGAUGGUCAGCCCAUGCGUCGCUUUACGCAAACUUUUGUAUUAGCAUCGCAGUCGCCGAAAAAAUAUUAUGUUCAUAAUGAUAUUUUUCGUUAUCAAGACGUAUUUUCGGAUGAGGAGAACGAUGCCGAAACCCGUACGGAACAUGACGAAGAACAUGAACAAUCAGCUGCUACUUCUGCAGGUGCUCCGGGAAAUGAACAAGUCGGUUCAAACUUAGUCACUGGUAGUGGACCUGCUACUGCUGAACAACAACAGCCUCAACAACUGGCUCAACUGUCCACACAGGUGGUGAAUUCAACAGCCGGUACAAGUGUGUUGCCACAACAAACUGGUGCACAGCCAGCCGUUGGUGCACCACAACAACAAGCCAUUUACUAUUCGGUGCCAGCCUCUGGCGGUCGUCCAGUUCCCUUAUUGACUGGUACUGCAGCACAGGCAACUGGUGCUGUGUCAUUUCCAGCAGCCGCUCCAACAGCCGUUGUGUCGCAGCAGGUUCAGCUAAAUGGUGUUGUUGGGCAUGAUGAUCUCUUAUCUACUGGAAAUCAGCAGCAACAGCCAGGGCAAGGACAACAACAGAUUGUUGGACCGUCUGCUUCACCUGUGGUACAGCAGUCUACAAAUAUGACUGCAGCUACCCCAGUAAUUGCUGGCCAAACUGGUUCAACUGCUGUAGUAACUGCUGUUCCCGUUGCAGUACCGGCAACUGCAAAUAUUCCAGGCUUCCAACAAUCUCCAUUGGUUCAGUCCCAAGUUUUACAACAACCACAACCUUUGCAACAACCAUUGAUCCAACAAACGCAGAUCGCUCAACAGUCAUCGGUUUUAGAUUUGGAAGAUGGCGUCAUUAGUUCCAGUUUGACCAGCAAUACUGAAUCAGUACCUCGCUCGGGCUCAGCCGGUCUAUUGGCUGCAACUGAUAACGUAGCGGCUGUUGACGAUUUUAAAACGAUUAAUGAGCAACAACAGCAGGAAAAAUAUGAAGCUGCUAAACAACAACAACAGCAACAAAAUGAGAUCAAGACGUACGCAAAUCUGUUUAAGUCGACUUCCUCAUCGCCCAGCGGUUUCGUCACUGCCGCUAUGCAGCAACAACAGCAAUUACAGCAGCAGCAACAACAACAAACAUCAAAUAAUGCUUACCAUUCUGCGACCACCAUCUCCAGCACAACCUAUUCCCAGUCCAAUUCCAAUUCAACCUCAUCACUUUCGGUCUACAAUAGCCGCAAUAGUGAAUCUUCCUCAUUACGUCUUGACAGCAACACAAUGAAUCCAGUUACGCAAGGAGGACCAUUGCCCCAACGCAAUAAUGCAUCCCGAAUCAAUAAAGAAUAUGAACCACGCCGCACAAGCAAUGCCCAACAAUCUGACAACCAACAACUGUUUCUUGGAAAUAUACCGCAUCAUGCCUCAGAAGAGGAGUUGAAGGCUUUGUUUGGACGUUUCGGACAGGUUCUGGAAUUGCGAGUUAUGUCAAAAGCUAAUGGUAAACUACCACCCGGCGUAAGGAAUCCUCAGAAUUUUGGCUUUAUUACUUAUGAAGAUCCCGAGUCAGUUCAGAACUGCUUAGCCAAUUGUCCGCUUUACUUCCCAGAAAAUUCUCCUGACGGCCAGAAAUUAAAUGUUGAAGAAAAAAAGCCGCGUCCAAUGCGCCCAAAUAACGAUAUGCCGCCACGACAGUCAAUGGGAGGCAACAGCAUGGGCGGAAACAUGAAUAAUUCGCAACGUAACAUGAGCGGAGGGCCUCAAUCUCGUUCACUAUCCAAUUCUGCCGGCGGCGGAACCAGCGGCGGCAUGAUGAGAAAUGCUGGUGGCAGUAGUGCCAACAGCAACAGCAUGUCCCGAGGGCAAUCUAGUGGUGGUGGACCACGCCUCAGUGGCGGUUUCAAUCGCAACGAGAAUCGCAGCGGUCCAACGAAUGGCAAUGGUCCACAAGUACGCGGAGGCAAUCAAAACAGUGCACAGUCCUCAGGAGCCAGUGGCGGCAACAGCUAUGGCACACGGCGCUAACCAUUAAUAUUUUUCUAUCAUCCACAGCAGCAGACAUCUCGCUACAAUACAGUAACUGCUGCUGUUGCAACAACGCCAACGCCAUCAACACCACCAGUACAGAAACAACAGCAACCGCAGUAAUCUUUAUAAGAUUAUAUUAUUCUAAAACUAAUUUUUGUUUUAGUAGAAAUAUUUAAAAUUGCUUGCGAAAUAAUUGAAAAUCAUAACAGGAAACCAAAUCAAGUCCAAAUCUGUAAUUUGCGAGAAAAAGAAACAAACAACUCAUGCAAU